UUCAAUCAAUCAAAAGGAUUUCAUUCAAUGCAAGAAAACAUGCGUGUUUUUUGUUUAUUUGUCUAAGUCAUACCCUUGUGACGCAAUAACGAAGCGACGUCUUGACGUUGAAAGUUCCUUUCGAUUAUGGCGUAAUUGAGUGACGUCAUAAUAGUGUCAAGUCACGCGGGGUCUUCGCUGCUUAACAUCAUCCUGAAGCAUGGAUCUCCCUGUCCGACACUUGGUGCUGCUUCAAAAGUUAUGCUAACCGACCAACGACUGCUGACAUGGCGCAAAAUGAAGCUGCGCCAAAUCCGGGGGAAGUGUUUGGUCAAUUUGAGACAGGACAACAGUUUUUGAAGGUGUUCUCAAAAAUAAUGAGCAGCCGCGCGUAUCUAGAGAAGACAGUUUCGGAGACGUAUCAGAGAUGGGCUGAAAACACCUAUUAUGAACUACACAGAGUGCCACUGACAAACGGGUCCCAAUCAGACCAGGACUAUCAGCGCGCGGUGGACAUGAUGGUCAACUUGGCCAGAGAGCAGUCGGACGCCCACUACAGGUCCUACAUGAUGAUCACUGAGGUGGACAAGUCUCCGCUGUCCCUUUUGAAUAGCUUUCAAAAUGACACAUACCAGAGUGAUGGACGCCCGUUGUCCGCCAUAGAUCCCAAAGAAACCAAGAACCAUUUUAAGGCCCGGAUACAGCAACUGAACAGAAGGCAGAGAGAGAUGAUAAAAAAAGUGACUAAGGCGAGAGAGGAAUUUAUAAAAAUGAAUGCAAAAUGUGAAGACUGCCGCGAGGCUCUGCGUAAACUAAGACUGCGAAGAUCAUACCCCGCGGCCAAAGAGGAGGCCAUCGUAGAACAACUCCAUGGCAGAGAGGCGAAGAUGGACGUGGCAUUUAGUGUAUACGAGAGCCGCCAGAAGUCGCUCGACGAGCUCCAGGUGGAGUUUUUGAAGGAAAUGGGGAACAUUGCCUCAGAUAUCAUGGAAAAGGAAAUAGUUCGACUGCAAGUUAUGAAAAUGGCUUUACAAAAGGUGAUAAAUGCCAUAGACAUUCCGAAUCGCCAAAACAGAGCGCACUGGCGUAACUUACAGCGUCAGGUCAACAGCGUGAUCAUAUCCGGAAAGACCAAUGGUCAGAGCAUCCCCGUUGACAAUAAAGAGGAAGUGACGUCAUCUUAUGAGGACUUGGCAGAUGAGGCCAUUGGGGGUGCCGAACCAAACGAGGUCGACGAACAAGUUGACACGAAGAGGCUUGUUGUCCCGUUGCACGAAAAAUACUCGAAACCCAAAGAGAAGGGAAAGCAUAAGCCCAAAGAACCCAAGUCACCGCGUCGAUCCCCAGUUGCGCCUCUUGCUCAGCCAUUGAAGGAGAAAGAAGAACCGUUGACAUUCGAGUGGCACCGGCCUGAGGCGGCAAAGGAGGCGACAAAAGUGCAACAUGUCGAACGAGGUGCGCACGCACUUCGGAAGUUAGACCAGGACAUCAUGAAGCUGAUUGAUGUAGAAGAGUAA